CAGUUUGACUCAAACUAAAUGGUCUAUUGAUAUUGUUAUUUAGCUUUUUUCCAUAAAAUCUACAAUCUUGUGUUAGAAUUUUCCUUUUUGCAAAAACCAUGAACUCAUUGGAAACUAAUGAUCAACGGAACAUCAUAUUAGUAAACAACUAAUUCGUAAAGUGCCUUAUUUUGAAAGAUUGUUGAGCCAUGAAUGUUUGGAAUCAAAGGAAAACAAAGUUGAACUGGAUUUUGACGAACAAGCUUUCAAAUUAUUUCUAAAUUGGAUUGAAUUCGAUCAUUUAUUGGUCGAAAUUAAAAAUGUAAUAAACCUGUGCACCAUGAUUGAUUACUUUGGAAUGGACAAUAAUCUGAUUAACGAUUACGCUACCUAUUUUCAUGAUAAUUUUUCCACCACACACCUUCCAGCUGUGAUUCCACAAGUGACUCCAACAUCUAAAUUAAUUAACUCUGGGGCUCUCGAUGCUUUCAUCUGUCGCCAUUUCUUGAAGAUAGCGGGCUCAAAGGUUUGGUUAAACUAUCCUGUUGAAACCAUUGAAUAUAUUUGCAAUAAGGAUUUAGUGAUUCAUUCAGAAAUGCAAGUUUUCAAUGCGAUCAUGAAAUGGGUCAAUUUCAAGCCUGAUUCCAGAAAGGACUAUCUUGAAACAUUGUUAAAAUCUGUUCGAUGGUGUCAUUUAGAUGAUAAAGAUUUGUGUGAAAUAAAGGGAAAUGAUUUCAUCAAAUAUACGAGCUUUAAAGCGAUAUUUUGCACGCCUGUCCAAUGCUAUGGUGAAUGCUCCUUCAACAGAGUCAAUCAAUACUAUUUCAUCCUGAUUGAGGAAUUGGAUGGUACAGAUUUGCAAAUCAAAGUACUUGACAGAAGUUUCAUGUCUUUUAUUAAACGAGUCAUCAAACUAGAUGAAUCAUUGCCUUUGCAUCUUCUCCACAAUGAAACUGUCUCUGAUAUAAUUUUUGAUUCUGGAAGGAAGAUGAUUCGUGUUGAUUGGAAUCUAAACAAGUAUCGUUUGCUUAGCUUGAAUGAUUAUAAAUCUCAUUAUUAUAAAAUCCACAAUGGUAUUCUUGAAAAGAACGAGGAAAAAUACUAUCCUUUUGCUGCUUACACCAAAUAUGCUGCUAAAUAUACUCCCGAAGGCUCACUUCUCGAAUUCAAUGAAAAGUUUGUUUUGGUUGGAGAAAAUCUCAUCUCCUGUACACCUGUUAAUCUUGCUACUGGAGUUAUUUCUAAAAACUAUUCAAUAAACUUGUUCUGUUGGACAGCACCGGCUGAUAGCCGAAUUGAGACAUUCUUCCGUAGUUCUGACAUGAAUUAUCUCACAACUAUUUUGGAUAAUAAAAUUUAUAUCAUAAAAAAUGAUCCCGUGAAUAUCUAUGAAUUUAUCCAGUUCAAUAUUGACAGUCAAGAGGUCAAGAGAUUCGCAAAUAAAAUUAGAUCGAACUUGGGUGAUUUAAUUUUAACUUCCAAGCCAGCACACGAUGAUAAAGUUUUUUUGAUCGACAGAUCCAAUAAUGUUGUUGAGUGUUUCAAUGUCAAAGACGAAGAAUGGACUCCAUUUGGUCUUUUGGCUAAUAUUUGUAGCUCUACUGGUGAUCAAAGGAAGUCCAAUAUGCUGUUAACUUUCACCUCAGCCUCUUUACCGAUAGAAACUAUUAGAUCUUGCAUUACACGUGAACGAAAAUCGAUGGAAUAAUGAUUAUUUUACUAUUGUUAUCGAAAACUAAACUAGGUGCAUUUCAUUCAAAUCAAAUUACUUCGAAAUUGCCUUCGAAAAAUAUAUUCAAUUGAACUUAUUUUUUCACGAAUAAAAAUUCAAUCCAAUUGUAA